CAGUGACAUUUUAAAAAAAUGCUUUCAAAAAGAGUUCAAACGUGACGCAUGAAGCGCGCUGCGUAACAGACGUUUAAAAAAAAACCUCAAUACUAUUUAUAUAAAACGUGUGGAGUUGGUGGGGUGGGGUGGGGUAGGUUUGAAGAGGAAGCAGGACGCUUCAGAAGCAAAAUAUAUAAGAGAUAACGUAAAGUCUUAUAGGCAAGGUCUAUUCUUUUUACAGUAUUAGACUGAACACGUUAUGUACAAUUGGGUUUGUUUGAUGAAAACAACAUAACCACUUACGGUUGUUUAAACAGUGAUACGAAAUUACAUUUUUGUUUGAUGUGCCUGCACUGGGAUAUUUUAUUCUAAAAGUGAUACAUCUCGAGUAAUCUCCAUCACAGACUGACAUGUGGGGAAGUCACCAUGGAAUGUCACGUCAGUCUAUCGGCUCUUUCUAUAGCAGCUUCCUGUAUGGUUAGAAUGCCGCUUCAUUGUGAUCACUUGGAUGGGAAAAUUAUAUCUUCAGAUUUGAUAAGCUUGUGAUCUUCUAACAUGUUGCCUCAUCGAGGGUAGCACACAGGAAGUUCAUUUAAAGUUUCAGUCAUAGUUAAAGAUGUUGACACUGCUCACUCUGCUCAUACUGCUCCAUUUCUGCUCUCAAAAAUUUUUAGAAUGGCUUAGAGGUUUAGAUAAGAGACCUUACCACGAGGUACUGAAACUCUGUCACAUUUCCCUAGGUACUGAAACUGUCACAUUUCCCUAGGUACUUAACCUCUGUCACAUUUCGCAAGGUUCUGAAACUCUGUCAAAUUUACAAUGAGCUGUUGUUCAGUGAUGCUGUCCUCCCCUGCUCAAAUGUCACGUGACCUGCAUCCUCCCGGUUUAGACUUCGAUGCCUUGAUUCUGAAAGUAUUAUCUAGACUUCAUGUCUUUUCCUGUGUGACUUGGUUAUUGCUGGAAGCUAACCUACGUCAUCGCCCUACUCAAAGUUCUCGGGAUUGAGUUCCUCAUCCUCAGCCACCGCAGUCCUGCACUUUACAACUGUGCGGUUGCAGCAUGAGCCAAUCACUUGCAAGUCAGAGGAGAACAUGAAAGAGAACGCAUCACUUCCUUGCUGGGGGUUGAACUUUGACUGGUUCUUAGAGACGGUCGUUGUCAAGAGUUUUAUUUUGAAAGUUGCCAUAAAAGGUUAUCUUUAUGUAUUUAGUAAUAAGACAAGGCUAACCGUUUUGUUCAAAAAUGAAAAAUAAUAUUUCAACACAACUUGAUAGAAACAUUCUUGAAUAUUUCAGUAACCUGGGGACCGAACCCGCUGAAUUCAAACUAUUUUGUAGGCAUGCCCAGGACAACAGCGGAUGCUGAACAUAAUGGCUUUAAAAAGAUCGGUGGCUGUGACAGUAAGCCUAUGUGUUUGUGUUUGUAUUUCUAAGUUUUUGUCACAGUAGGUGUGUGUAUUUGUGACAAUAAGUCUGUGUUUGUUACAGUAUGUCUAUGUGUUUUUGAAUGUAAGUGCUUGUACUUGGGACAUAAGUGUCUGUGUUUGUGACAUUUAGUCUAUUUGUUUGUGACAGUAAAUAUAUAUGAUUAUUGUGACAAUGUUAUGACCCCUUAUAUAUACAUAACCGUUUAUAAUGGGUUCUUUCUUUCUAGGGGUGGGGCGGGUCUUUGAUUGCAGGAGGGCAACCUUCCCUAUACUAGACGACCUAUUAUGUCUUUCAAUUUAAUCUAAGAGCAUGGACAGAAGAGACAACAAAGUCGUUUACUAAGGCAUGAAAGGAAAACACGUCACGACAGCGAUUUUAUUUCACAGUGAAUGUAUUUGACACCAUCAGGAAGUGAUAGCGUGCCAAAGCAAUGACUUACACUAAGAUGGAUUUCAAUCAAAACUCAAGCACGGAAGAAAUGAAGUUGCAAAUGCCAAAGUAUGCUAAGUACUCAAGGAUGGGUGAAGGAUGUGUGAAUGAUGAAUGAAUGGUGAGUGAAUGAUAAGGUUUGCUAAACAUUUUGAAAACAUAGGCCAUUAACGCUGUUACUAGUGUUCAAUUGACAAGCUAACUAUGGCUAUAGAAUUGAACAACACCAACAAAUUGACCACUGGCUACUGGGGACAAGUAUUACGUCAACCUUAGUCUAAUACGGCCAUGAGCAAGUAAACUGGUCUGGCUGGUCUUAGUGGUCUGGCUGGUCUUGGUGGUCUGGCUGGACUAAGUGGUGGUCUGCCUUGUCGGUCUGACUGGUCUGGUUGGUCUUUUUGGUCCAGACGAGUCCAAGACAUUUGGGAGCCAUAGAGGAUGAGUUUCCUCACACAUUUUAAAUGAAGACAACAAGGAAGUGGGGUUGGAGGGGGAGGAACGGAGGCACAGUCACAUUAAUUUUUUUUUUUUAGUUACUAACCUUGACUAAUAGGUAGACAAAAAUAGGAGAAAUAAAUGGCUGACUCCAUAUGACAAAUGGAGACGAAGUCUUUUUUUUUUUUUUUUUUUUUUUGGGGGGGGGGGGGGGAAACUUAUUGUCUUAAAUAACCUUGACUAAUAGGUAGACAAAAAUAGGAGAAAUAAAUGGCUGACUCCAUAUGACAAAUGGAGACGAAGUCUUUUUUUUUUUUUAUUUUUUUAGGGGGGGGGGAGGGACAACUAAUUGUCUUAAAUCGGUGAUGUACCUCUACACGAGUAGACAUUUUUGAGCCGAAAUGUUGUGGUUAACAGCCUAACACUUGCUGACUCUGGACAUAUGGAACUAAACACUUGCUGACUCUUGACAUAGGGAACUAAACAUUUGUUGACUCUGUGCGUAUGGACCUAAACACUUGGUGACUCUUGACAUAGGGAACUAAACAUUUGCUGACUCUGUACAUAUGGAACUAAACACUUGCUGACUCUUGACAUAGGGAACUAAACAUUUGCUGACUCAGGACAAAUGGAACUAAACACCUGGUGACUCUUGACAUAGGGUACUAAACAUUUGCUGACUCUGGACAUAUGGACCUAAACAUUUACUGACUCUGGACAUAUGGAACUAAACAUUUGCUGACUCUGGACAUAGGGAACUAAACACUUGCUGACUUUGGACAUAGGGAACCAAGCACUAGCUGACUCUGGACAUAGGGAGCUAAACACUUGCUGACUCUGGACACAUGGAACUAAACACUUGAUGACUCUGGACAUAGGGAACUAAACAAUUGAUGACUCUGGACAUAGGGAACUAAACACUUGAUGACUCUGGACAUAGGGAACUAAACACUUGCUGACUCUGGACACAUGGAACUAAACACUUGAUGACUCUGGACAUAGGUAACUAAACACUUGAUGACUCUGGACAUAGGGAACUAAACACUUGAUGACUCUGGACAUAGGGAACUAAACAUUUGAUGACUCUGGACAUAGGGAAUUAAACACUUGAUGACUCUGAACAUAGAGAACUAAACACUUGCUGACUCUGGACACAUGGAACUGAACACUUGCUGAUUCUGGACAUACGAAACUAGCUCAACUUUAGUUCAUUCACGAGCCAAGUACGAAUCGAAUGACAGGACAAUAAGAGAAGAACAUUUCGACAAAGUGCCUCCCUCAGAAGACAGGACCAAAAAAAAAAAAUGCAAGAAAUAGGAACUAAUUAAAAACUUAAGUGAUCAACGCUUGUUAACUAAGUUUAUACUUUUAACGGGAGAAAAUUGGCGAAGAAGACUUUUCAAACAGGAGGAUGUUAAUCUAGACAGCUCCAGUUGAUAAUUGAUUUCAAUUUAUAGAGUACGAGAUGUAGCCCGCCAAACAAUGGCGACAGCAAUGCGUGAACUUCCCAUCUACUUAAGUUACUUGACAAAAACGUGAACUGAAGUUACGCACAUUUAAGAAUGCCAAUGUUGCUACAGCCCUCCCCCCCUCCCUUUUUUUUUCAUGAUACUUCACGGCACACUUUUUAUUUCAUGCCGACCCGCGGCUUAGCAUACGCUGUGAGUUGGCUGGCACGCAAGGGUGGUGCAGGAGGAGGGCGGUAGCUCCACCGCAGUGCACUUGUCUCGAGCUCAACCAUGGGCAAGCAAGGGAAGGGGAGGGUUUGUCUGCGUCUUGCUUGCUCUGGCGUAUCUAUAUAUAGCCUGCGUGGUCGUCGUCUUCUUGUUUGCCCUACUUCUGGCGAAUUAUAUAUAUAGAUUAGAAUGGCUGGGAAAAUAGCCAAAGAUUUACUGAAUUAUUCAGAGUUGUACUGUAAUAGUAAACAAGGAUACAUGGCAUCGUAGCUACAGUAAGUCUCUUAGGGUGGGACAGUGAGUCUCUUAGGGUGGACAGUGAGUCUCUUAGGGUGGGGCAGUGAGUCUCUUAGGGUGGGACAGUGAAUCUCUUAGGGUGGGACAGUGAGUCUCCUAGGGUGGGGCAGUGAGGCUCUGAGGGUGGGGCAGUGAGGCGAUUAGGGAGGACAGUGAGUCUUUUAGGGUGGGGCAGUGAGUUUCUUAGGGUGGGACAGUGAGUCUCUUAGGGUGGGGCAGUGAGUCUCUUAGGGUGGGGCAGUGAGUCUCUUAGGGUGGGACAGUGAGUCUCUUAGGGUGGGACAGUGAGUCUCUUAGGGUGGGACAGUGAGUCUCUUAGGGUGGGGCAGUGAGUCUCUUAGGGUGGGACAGUGAGUCUCGUAGGGUGGGACAGUGAGUCUCUUAUUGUGGGACAAUAAUUCUAUUAAGUUGAGAUAAUAAGUCUCUUAGGGUAAGCGGUGAGUCUCUUAGGGUGGGACAGUGAGUCUCUUAGGGUAGGUGGUGAGUCUCUUAGGGUGGGUCGGUGAGUCUCUUAGGGUGGGUCAGUAGGGCCUAGCAGUACAUCGUUAAUUACAUUGCAGCAGAAAUUUAACUAAGUUACAUCGUUAAGUUCAUUUGAAUUGGUUGUUCACUUCACAUACCUUUAUGAUCUCUCCAGCAACUGCCCACUGGCGUGGACAACGUUACAUCAAAAAUGACGACUACGCUGUUGUGUUGCUGUAUGACAUCCAUGGAUUCAUCGCUGGAAUCCAGACAACGGUGGGUUUGUUGUACGCUAACGCGGUGGUCGGCAAACUCAUUAGUCAAAAGAGCCGAAAAUCAGCAGCAGGACGCUUACAAAAUUUUUAGAGCCAAAUUUAUUUUCAAGAAUCUGUCAAGAGCAAUGUUUUUCGGAGUCAAAACCGAUUUGAGGCCACCUGGCCGAGUCGCACUCAGGUCGUUUAAGAGCCGCAUGCGGCUCGUGAGCCGCGAUUUGCAUACUACUGAACGAAAAUAUUUUCUUUGAAAGAAUUUGAUUAUGCAUGGUAGCAGACAGUGGGUCAUGCAAGGUGACAGACAUUGAGUCAUGCAUUAUGACAGACUUUGGUUCAUGCAUGAUGACAUACAUUGAGUCAUGUAUUAUGACAGAUAUUGGGUCAUUGCAUGGUGAGAAAGAUUUAUGAGAACUUGCUGUAUGACGUCAUUCGAGAAGAGUUUGUUAAAGACGGACUACUCUGUUUUUGUUUUGUAUUUUGUUUUUGGUCACAAGUCACGUGAUUUAUUUUCUAAUGGAUUUCAUGAUCAUUUUUUUUUUUUUUUUUUUUUUUUUUUUUUUUUUUUUUUUUUUUUUUUUUUUUUUUGAAAAUAAGAUUAAGAUGUAUACAUUCUAAAAUUGCACUGAUAAAAUGGUAUGAUGUUGUGAAGGGUGGCAAAACUGUAAAAUGAUCAAUUGAUAAGUUAUCAACGGACCAUCGUUUAUUGACACCAUUUGUUGUACAAUUAUCAAUUCACGAGUCAUCAAUAAAUUGCAUAAUUAUCGACUAACCAGUUAUCAACACUCUGCAAAAUUAUUAACUCACCAGUUAUUAACAAACUGUACAAAAAUCAACUCACCAGUUAUCAACAAACUGUAGAAUGAUCAACUCACCAGUUAUUAACAAUCUACACAAAUUAUCAACUCAUCAGUUAUCAACGGACCGUCAAGUAUUGACACCAUCCGCAUUUUUUAUCUUUCCCUGAAGGUUCCCAAAGAUCAAGGGCGAAACUACCCCAAGCCUCCCAUCGAGCCCCCAUUUGUUUCUGAUGGGAACCGUUGGGUUAUUUCCGCCUACUUUGUCGACCCAUGUAAGUAAACUCGCAUAAAGGGACAUAAUGUCUUAGUUUAAUUUCACUACUUUUAACCCCCCCCCUCUCAACUGUAUAUCUAACACGUGGUAUCUACAUUAUUUAUUAAUUAAUUUUUUUUAAAAACAUACUGUCACGUGUUAGUGAGGCUUCGUUUCUUGACCCCGGUGUCCUGGCCACGUCAGCAGAUCGCAGUUAAGUAAGAGUGACACUUUGUUACAUAAGGAGGGUGCCAGACAAGCGUCCAGAUGUGGCCACUUGGCCUACAUUUAAGCCAAGCGACAGUCAGAGAGAGAGAGACUCUUAGAGACAAGAUGCAGGACUAGCUUUCCGGGGCAUGUGCUUAGUACUAGAUAGGGCCCUCCAAUAGCUAGCAGUAAUGGUAAAACAAGGGCUCGACAAAGAGAUCAUGCAGGGCACAACGAGAGGAGGGAGGAGAAGAGGAAGACAGAGAAAAAGUUGGGAACAUAACACCAAAGAGUGGACGGGAUUAAAACUAUGCGAUGCUGUGCGAAGUGCAGAAAUCAGAGACGAAUGGAGGAGGAUGGUUUUCAUGUCAUGUGUGACGCCCCAACGGUCCAAGGACUAAGGGACAUGAUGAUGAUGAUGAUGAUGAAUAGUUAUCAAAGUCCAGUACUCAUUCGAUUUCAUAUUUGUUCCAGGAACUUAUUCAUGUGUUAGUACUCUUUAAAUUACUAUGAUGAGAAUAUAUUGUUAUUGUUAGAGCUUUAUUAAUUUCUUAAUAUUUAAAAUUUCUGUAUCUUUAUUACAAGUUAUAAAGUAACUAAUUUAUUUAGAGCAGGCCUGUGCAACUCAAAAUGUAAGGUGAGCCGUAAUGCAUUAUGAAAAACGUGUACGGUCCAAAAGAAAAUAGGACAGGACUUGUGCGGGCCAAAAGAAUAUAGGCCAUGGGGGGAGCUAUUAAUAAAAUAAAAAUAAUUUAAAAAUUUCGUUACCUCACAGAUCACAAAGUGGGUGCUGGCGGGCCACAUGCGGCCCGCGGGCUGUAUGUUGUGCAGGCCUGAUUUAGAGCACUGAUUGUCUUCAUUUUAGCCCGAGUGUGUCUAAAACCUACCCGUGUUAGACUCUUUUCAAAUUCUUUUAGACCACGAGCCUUUUCAAAUUAAUUGAACACUACAAAAAAAAAAGGGGGGGGGGGUGUGCGUAACUCUACAUAAAAAAUCUUCUUUAUGUUGAUAGCCACUAUCUGCACCAAGGGAAGAACUGUUCAAGAGUUCAACGCAGAGGGCACUGGCACCAACCUGUACAUUCAGAACAGCACCUCACCUGAGCACAGUGUCCUCAUACCUCACAAAGAAGCUGACAUCAGGGGCACAAAAUGGGUGGAAGGAAACUGUUUCCUCACAAUGGGUGAGUUAGCGCAUUGAUAGAUUUAAUCAAACUUUAUAUUUAUGGGCUCAGAUAGUGGUAUAACCCCAAGACAGAUGGUGCUAACGACAAGAAAGAUGGUGCUAACGACAAGACAGAUGGUGCUAACGACAAGACAGAUGGUGCUAACUACAAGACAGAUGGUGCUAACUACAAGACAGAUGAGGCUAACGACAAGACAGAUGGUGCUAACUACAAGACAGAUGAUGCUAACUACAAGACAGAUGGUGCUAACUACAAGACAGAUGAUGCUAACUACAAGACAGAUGGUGCUAACUACAAGACAGAUGGUGCUAACUACAAGACAGAUGGUGCUAACUACAAGACAUAUGGUGCUAACUACAAGACAGAUGGUGCUAACUACAAGACAGAAUUGACCUUACCACAAGACAUAUGGUGACCUAACCGAAAACAGAUGGUGACCUCACCACAAGACAGAUGGUGACCUAACCAAAAACAAAUGUAACCUAACCACAAGAAAGUUGUAACCUAACCACAAGACACAUGUUGACAUAGCCACAAAAGAGAUGGUGACCUACCAAAAAAACAGAUGGUGAUCUAAUCACGAGACAGAUAGUGCCCUAACCACAAGACAAGUCAUUGAACAAUGAUUUUGUGCAUAUGGGAUCUUGUGUUUCCAUCAUGGCGACAGCUCACCUACGGAAUCUAUGAUUAUCUUUCAGUUUAGUAGUUCUUUAUGUGAUGAAAUAGUUAUUUUUUAAAAUCUUAUUAGGGAUCGUUCGCAAAUUAGGUCACGCAAAAAUGACCUUUUCAGAACCCCCCCCCCCAAUUGUCAAAAAAUUAUGUCCCCCUCCCCCACUUAGUGUCAAGUCACACCUUAAAAAAACUAUACAUACAAUUUUCAUAACUAAACUAAGAUUUGAUUUUAUACUUUAACAUUUUCCCAUAAUGGAUGAAGAUGUUCUAUUAUUAGAAAACUGUGACGUAAAACGCAAAACAACGAAAUCCUUCCCGAGCCAAAUGUAAAAUGGCCACAACAGUUUUUGCGUCAUUUUUUCGAUAUGCGCAGAAGGUGUGAGUGACUGAGUAUCACGAUACCGACAACACCUGAGGCCAUUUCGACCUCAAAUUCAUGUUUUUAAAAUUAAUUGAAUAAAGAAUUUUGAAAAUUAGAGCAUUUUAGAUUUUUAUUUUUUAAAAUAAAUUUUGUGACCUCACAAAUUGUUGACUCCCCUCCCCCUGUUGCUAAUUCUCCACCCCCUUACCCCCUGAGUGUCCCCUAAUUUGCGAACGACCCUUUACCUAAAAUCUAAAAUAUGAAAGGAGCUAAAUAAAAAAUAACGGGACCUUAUUAAUAUCAUAUAGAAAUGUUGUUGCUUUUUUGGUUUGAUGAUGUAUCUCAAGGGAAAUAUUCCUCCUUCGAUCAGGCAAGCACUACUGGUACAAUCUGAAGGCCGACAUGAGCUGUGACACGGUCUUCCCGGUAUUUCUCCUGUACAACCACGGAGAGCUGACCGCAUUUGGCUGGGCCCUCAUCACCAACCUGACGUCAACAAGAUACGAACACCCGACACCAUCGUCCUUUGGCGUAAGUUCAAUCAAAUAUAACAUUUCGUUAUUGUACUAAUUUGAUCACAAAACUUUAUUGUUAAUUUUAUGGUGUCUUGGACUGCGGUCAAUCAAAUCGCGUGACGUCUUGCACUGGGGGUCAAUCAAAUCUCCUGACAUCUUGGACUAGGGGUCAAUCAAAUCUCCUGACAUCUUGGACUAGGGGUCAAUCAAAUCUCCUGACAUCUUGGACUAGGGGUCAAUCAAAUCUCCUGACAUCUUGGACUAGGGGUCAAUCAAAUCUCCUAACGUCUUGGACUGGGGGUCAUUCGGCUCAAACUUUCUCCGUGCUGUUACAUUGACUUGUUUUCCGCUUCUCGGUUUCUACUCAAAGUGCCCCCUCAUACCCCCCCCCACCCAAUAAUAUUAGUUCACUAAACAUCUUGUGCCUAAACUUCCUUCGUGCAGAAUACCCCCACUACCUUCAACGCCCCACAUUUAACCCCCUCCAUAAACGUUCGACUCCCACACACACACACCGCAUCAACCCCCCCUCCCCCAAUGAACUGUUUGACGUCAUGUGUAGACAACUCCCCAGAGUAAUAAAUAUUGAUUUAUCAUAAACACAUUUUUAUGGCAGGGCGGAUUGUGAAAGAAAUAAGGCGAACACCAAACAUAAGCGUAUUGCUACCUGCCACCCCUACAGGGGCGGGUCAAGGGAGAUGAGAAGAGGUCAAUACACCCCCACCACCCUAUCUUAAAAAAACAACUGGCCAAACAUAUACGGCAGCAAUGGGUGAAGUUCCCGUCUACUUAAGUUACUGGACAAAACAUGAACUCAAGUAACGUACAUUUAAGACCCCAAAUUUUUGCUACACCCCUUCCCCCAUGUUACGUCACUGCACACUUUUUAUUUCACGCCCAUUAACUAUAUUAAUAUUCUCAUGUCCAGCCACUUUUAUACCGAAUAUUUAUUACACCAUAUUUAAAUUGAGACGAUUUCAUGUUCCGACCAGAAACUAUUACGCACCAAACGCAGUGCCUUAUUUAAAACAAAAUAUCCUUUAGCAUAGUUACCGAGAAUUAUAUUUUGCGAUCUUUUGAACUCACUAUUGAACCAUAAUUUCUUUCAGACAUACAAUAUAAUAUGUAUCAGCAUUCAUUUUAUCAAUUAUUUUACAAAGCAGUGAUUAAUGAAGCAAACGUCUCUUUGUGAAUUAAAGAACUCCAUUACCAACACACCAUUACUAACUACGCCAUCACUGCUGCUCCUGCUAAAACAUAACAACGCCAUUUCCAAUACCCAAAUAUAGGUCACGUCACAAAAUAGGAAGCAUACAGCAAAAGCUACGAAAAUAAUCUCAGUACCAAAUACGCUGAAUAGGAAGCAGUCGGAAAUGGAAGCAGUUUAACAGAAGUAUAAUCUAAAUUAUGAAUAUACCGUAAUUAACUUAUUUAUUGUUUACCACUGACCUGAUCUAAGUCAUACUUUUUAUCAAUUUACAGGUUCGUUUAUUGUAAAUUAUAAAAUUUGUUAAAUUUUAUUGGGCAGCAGUCCGCCCCUUUGUGAUAUCAUUAGAGUCGCGUUGUAGAUCCGAUAAGGUCUAAAGUAGUGAAGACCUCAGUCAGCACAUUUUGCGCCCUCCAGUGGAUUUCUUUGUGGGUAUUAGACCCCAUUAAAAUGAUAACAGGAAUAAUUCAUUGGUUUAAGUUUAUAUGAAACGUUUAAAUUUCUGAGACCCAUCUUGCUCGUCAACCAGCCCCCCAACCCUCCCUAAAGGCCGCACUGAACUGAAGUAUGGCCGAGAACUUAUGUGGGGGGGGGGGGAGUAGAUUAAAUUCGCUCAUCAUAUAAAACACAUUUUUAAAACUAAAUCAACUUUUGAUAUCGAUAGAUGAAUAUUCAGGCGAGCCUGUAUAAUAAGUUGUUAUUGAUUUUAUUCGUUCCCUUUGGGCAUUCCCGUAUCCCUGUUUGUUUGUUCAUUCCGGCAGCUGAGAAGUCUAUGUGGGCGUGGCCAUUCAGAUAGACACAAGUUGGUUUGGGGAGAUCUCUUUAAAAUAUAGAGGAACAGCUGCAGCAGCGCCCCCCCACUAACAAUAAGAAUGUAUGUUGAGUAAAUCUUCAGCGUUGGCCGAUGCUAAAAAUAACAAGAUAGCAAAUGACAUCUCUGAGGGUGUAGAAAGGGAGAUCAAUCAUUCAUUGGGAAUGUUACACGAGACAUCAAUCAUUGAUGGGAUUUGAAUAACAUCAAUCUUUGUGUAUGUGUGUGUGUAGAUGGGAGAGUGUUAGACUUGCAUAUAACAUGUCAGGAAAUUAAUGUUUAUUGAUGACAUCGUGGAGCUCGUGAGACAAACCCCCCGUCCCCCAUUGGAAUAUUUCUUUUGAUUACAAAAAAUAUUAUUUAAUAAAAUGUGCUGCGAAUCCCAACUGUGAUUUACAAACCCACUAUGGCUUCCCCACAGCUUACAUCACAGCUACACCACACAUCGUACAUCACAGCUACACCACACAGCUUGCAUCACAGCUACACUAUACAGCGUACAUCACAGCUACACAACACAUCGUACAUCACAGCUAAACCGCACAGCUUACAUUACAGCUACACCACACAGCUUACAUCACAGCUACAUCAUACAGCGUACAUCACAGCUACACCACACAUCGUACAUCACAACUACACCACACAUCUUGCAUCAUAUCUACACCAUACAGCGUACAUCACAGCUACACCACACAGCGUACAUCACAGCUACACCAUACAGCGUACAUCACAGCUGCAGCUUACAUCACAGCACACAGCUUACAUCACAGCUAAACCCCACAGCUUAUAUCACAGCUACACCACAAGUUUACAUCACAGCUACACCACACAGCUUACAUUACAGCUACAUCACACAGCGUACAUCACAGCUACACCAUACAGCGUACAUAACAGAUACACCACACAUCUUACAUUACAGCUGCACCACACAGCUUACAUCAUAGCUACACCAUACAGCAUACACCACAGCUACAUCAUACAGCUUACAUCACAGCUACAGCUUACAUCACAGUGACACCACACAUCUUAAAUUACAGCUGCACCACACAGCUUACGUCACAGCUACACCAUACAGCGUACAUCACAGCUACACCAUACAGCGUACGUCACAGCUACAGCUUACAUCACAGCUACACGACACAGCUUACAUCACAGCUACACCAUACAGCGUACAUCACAGCUUCACUACACAGCUUACCUUACAGUUACACCACACAGCUUACAUCACAGCUACACCAUACAGCGUACAUCACAGCUACACCAUACAGCGUACAUCACAGCUACACCACAGAGCUUACAUCACAGCUACACCAUACAGCGUACAUCACAGCUACACCACACAUCUUACAUUACAGCUGCACCGCACAGCUUACAUCAUAGUUACACCAUACAGCGUACAUCACAGCUGCACCAUACAGCAUACAUUACAGCUACAGCUUACAUCACAGCUACACCACACAUCUUACAUUACAGCUGCACCACACAGCUUACAUCACAGCUACACCAUACAGCGUACAUCACAGCUACACCAUACAGCGUACAUUACAGCUACAGCUUACAUCAAAGCUACACCACACAGCUUACAUCACAGUUACAACCCACAGCUUAUAUCACAGCUACACCACAAGUUUACAUCACAGCUACACCACACAGCUUACAUCACAGCUACACCCCACAGCUUACAUCACAGCUACACCAUACAGCGUACGUCACAGCUUCACUACACAGCUUACAUUACAGCUACACCAAACAGCUUACAUCACAGCUACACCACACAGCUUACAUUACAGCUACACCACACAGCUUACAUCAGAUUGUUUAUCGUGCCAAGACUAUGUAUUUUAGCCAAAAGAUAACUAUGGGUAAAACCAGCAGGCAGUUGUUUGAUGUCACCUUAGGGGGAGUAACAAAGGGACUGCGCUUCCUUCGGUGUUUCCCCUGCCCCAGCAACCAGAUAUUUUCUGUGAUUUCUUUACAAGCAAAAUUGCUGGCAUUCGCGCUGAGCUUGAUCGUCUUGAUGCACCACCCCUUGAAUUGCCUCCUUUCCCUUGUCUUACUUCACAUUUCAAUAUUUUUAAACCUGUUUCAGAACUUGAGGUCAAAAGUAUAAUUUUAAAAUCUAAACCUACGUCAUGUUCUUUGGAUCCCAUCCCAACCCCCCUGUUGGUUGAGUCAUUAGAUAUCUUGCUCCCAACGAUAACCCGCUUAAUAAAUGAAAGCUUAUAUUCUGGCACUGUUCCGCCUCUUUGCAAAUCAGCUGUCAUCAAACCAUUGCUUAAGAAGCCCUUUCUGGAUGAAAAUAAUUUAAAAAACUAUAUACCUGUAUCUAACUUAUAAUUUUUAUCUAAAGUUAUUGAAAAACUAGUCCUAAAACAACUUUUUGCUUACUUAAACGAUAACUCUCUUCUCAGUUCUAAUCAGUCGGCCUAUAGACAUUUCCAUAGCACGGAGACAGCUCUCUUGAGAGUCAGUAAUGACCUCUUGCGCGCAAUGGACAUCGGUAAUGUCUCCAUUCUGAUCCUCUUAGACCUCAGUGCGGCCUUUGACACUGUUGACCAUAAAAUUCUUUUCAAAACCCUUGAAAACUACUUUGGAAUUUCUUGUUCAAUUUUGGCUUGGUUUAGGUCCUACCUCUCUGAUAGAACGCAAAUGCUCUCUGUCGAUGGCUGUAUCUCCGGCAGUGCUGAUUUGGUGUACGGAGUGCCCCAGGGGUCCGUUUUGGGUCCGGUUCUAUUCAUAAUGUAUACCAGGCCUCUGCUCCUCUUGCUUGGGAGGCAUGCUGUAGAGAACAGACAGCUUGUAGUCGAUGCGUGCUUGUAUACAAGCACGCAUCGACUACAAGCUGUCUGUUCUCUGUCACAACUUUUUCUCGGAUUCCUGCCCUUCCUAUCUAACUGAACGUCUUUCUGUCUAUUCACCCCUUCGACAACCUCGCUCCUCCGCAGACUCGCGUAUUCUGUCCGUUCCCAAGACACGCACUAAAUUAUAUGGUGAACGAUCUUUCUCUUUCUGCGCCCCCAAACAAUGGAAUUCUUUGCCACUACACAUCCGCAAUAUAACAACCACACAGGCCUUCAAAACUGCACUCAAAACACAUCUAUUUAAACUAUACUACUCUGACUGAUUCUCCUCCUAUAAACCGAUAAACGUACAUGGGUUUCCUUGUAAAAAUGUCUGGUGUGGGUGGAUGAAUAGACCUUAUUUCAUUUAUGUAUUUUAUUUUAAUAUUAUGAUUAUGCCUCUUUGCUAUAUAUGUACAGCGCGGUGAGCCCAGCCCUAGGGUACCGCGCUAUAUAAGACCACUUAUUAUUAUAUCACAGCUACACAAUACAGCGUGCAUCACAGCUACACCACACAUCUUACAUUACAGCUGCACCACACAGCUUACAUUAUAGCUACACCAUACAGCGUACAUUACAGAUACUCCAUAGGUUGCAUCAUAUCUAUACCGCAGCUACCCCAUGACUUCCCCACAGUUGCACAACAGCGUACAUCACAGCUACUCCACAACUAACAUCUCAGCUACAGCACAACUACAGCUUCACCCUCCUUACAGAGGUGAAACAGACAUAUGGAUAUGCCUCCCGAAAAUAUUUUUUAUAAAAGUAAGACCCUUUUAAAUGCCCUUUGAAGAGCAAAUAGAGACUGACCGAAUUUCAGCUUCGUUGCCGAAGGUGGUCAUUUCAUCACUUUCGGCUCAUCAAUUUUAUCAUAGGCAAAGGUGAAUAAUAAUGCACAAUCCUGGGAAAUGGUAAUAUUUCUCCUUUUAUUUUUGUUUCAAUUUUAAACAAAAAUUAAGGAAACCUUGGUUUUUUCUAUUCAUCAUUAUCAUGCUCAUAAACAUUGAUAUUGACGAAAUAACCAGUGUGUUCAUGUAUCUCUGGCUUGUAUUAUAAUUAUGUAGUAGGCCUACUGCAGACCUGUUCACAUUUAUGAUUUAGACGACCAAUUUAGAUGCCUUGCAGCUCUCUGCCGAGACCCGUCAGAAGAAAUAUAAAAAAAAAAAAAACGGUUAACGACUCCCACCCCCCCCUCACCUUUUCCAAGGAAGUUGAGGAAAGUUGGUCACCGAACGAAAUAAUUACGUCACCAACACGGUAAGAAUAAUGUGUUGGUACUAGGCUAAAUGUUAAUACAGGGAUGUCUUGCCAGCUAUUUAUGAAAACACAAAGCAUUAGUAUGACGAAAACCGAGAAACAUUGUGGUGAUAUUCCUAUAGCCUUAAACUUAAUAACUAAUAUUUAGGUGACAAUUGGCUUUAUUAGAGCCACAAAAAUAAUUCAAGGGUCUAUUUUGAAUGCAUUUUGCGCCUCUACCCCCCCCCCCCACCCCCGGUCAAAUUUUAGGUGAUAUUCCUAUAGCCUUAAACUUAAUAACUAAAAUUUAGGUGACAAUUGGCUUUAUUAGAGCCCCAAAAAUAAUUCAAGGGUCUAUUUUGAAUGCCUUUUGCCCCCCCACCCCCCCCCCCCCAACCCCCGGUCCAAUUUUCUCUUAUCAUACUACUUAAAAGAACAUUUUAAAGAAAUUUCUUAAAGGGAAGUAGCCAACAGAGGCAAUUUUAUUCUCAUGCCUGGUGUUGUAUGUAGCCAUUGAACAGAGCAAUAGAUGGACCAUCAAUUAGAUAAAUGUAUUUAUGUUGUAUGUAGCCAUUGAACAGAGGCAAGAGCCAUGCUUGUUGGCCUAGGGACCUGCAACUUGUUUCAAGUCCAAAUCUGCAUUCUUGCACUGAACCAGGUUUGGUACGAGUAGCUAAUGGGACCAGUACAUUACAUCUCAGGAUGCUACUUUGACUUUUUGUUGUGUCUAUAGUUAACACCACAGGUGGUGAGGAACGGCGAGGAACACCACAGGUGGUGAGGAAUGGUGAGGAACACCACAGGUGGUGAGGAGUGCUGUGGUGAUGAAUGGUGAGGAACACCACAGGUGGUGAGGAGUGCUGUGGUGAGGAAUGGUGAGGAACACCACAGGUGGUGAGGGAUGGUGAAGAACACCACAGGGGGUGAGGAGUGCUGUGGUGAGGAAUGGUGAGGAACACCACAGGGGGUGAGGAAGGGUGAGGAACAAGGUGGUGAGGAGUGCUGUGGUGAGGAAUGGUGAGGAACACCACAGGUGGUGAGGAGUGCUGUGGUGAGGAAUGGUGAGGAACACGAGAGGUGGUGAGGGAUGGUGAAGAACACCACAGGUGGUGAGGAGUGCUGUGGUGAGGAAUGGUGAGGAACACCACAGGUGGUGAGGAAUGGUGAGGAACACCACAGGUGGUGAGGAAUGGUGAGGAACACCACAGGUGGUGAGGAACACCACAGGUGGUGAGGAACACCACAGGUGGUGAGGAAUGGUGAGGAACACCACAGGUGGUGAGGAGUACUGUGGUGAGGAAUGGUGAGGAACACCACAGGUGGUGAGGGAUGGGAGGAACACCAGAGGUGGUGAGGAAUGGUGAGGAACACCACAGGUGGUGAGGAGUGGUUAGGAGUACUGUGGUGAGGAAUGGUGUGGAACACCACAGGUGGUGAGGAGGCUGUGGUGAGGAAUGGUGAGGAACAUCAUAGGUGGUGAGGAGGCUGUGGUGAGGAAUGAUGAUGAACACCACAGGUGGUGAGGAAUGGUGUGGAACACCACAGAUGGUGAGGAUUGCUGUAGUGAGGAAUGGUGGGGAACACCACAGGUGGUGAGGAAUGGUGGGGAACACCGCAGGUGGUGAGGAAUGCUAUGGCGAGGAAUGGUGUGGUGAGGAAUGCUAUGGCGAGGAUAUUUGUGGUGAGGUAUGGUGUGGUUCCUCAGUUGUCGUCACACUUGCCAUGUAUUUAAUGAGUUCCGAUCAAUUCGAUCUACCGUUAGCUUUUAAAAAUACAAUUUUUAAUUUUGUUGAAACAAAACUUUUGAUGGAGUGUUUACCAACUGGUGCCAAUAAAAUAAUGACGCUUCUCUUGAAUAAAUGCAUGGUUAUAAACUGUAAUUAUUAUGAUGUCCAUGAUACCGUCUCAGAACAGCACCUUGUGAGAAAUGAACAAUCCCCUUGCCUAACAUCAUCAUUUGAUUGUAAUGUGUUUUAUUAUGGCUUAUAGUUAUACACACGAGCCUUACCCUGAAUUAGAUAUGUGUCUUUGGUCCUUAGAUGUCAUUAUAUUUUGACAUUGACAUGUCUUUGGUCCUAAGAUGACAUUUGAUUGUAUUUGACAGAUUUUCAUGAAAACGGUCCCCACCUGCCUGAACACAGCAGGAGUCCUCUCAACAAUGCAUAUCUACCUUACUGGAAACUAUGCCCUGGAUACCUGCUAGGU